GCAUUACGGUAGCAUAUGCGCAUGACAACGUGACAGCAAUUAUUGUGGCUGUGUGCGCAUUCGUGAUUACCGAAGGCCUCUAGGAAAAUGGCCGAAACACGUAAUCCACCGGUGUUUUCCCCAAAAACUCUUUACCAAUUAAGUGUAUUGGCGGUUGCAAACAAGUUUCUAAACUUGAGGAAGUAUCUUCCCGAUCUACCAAACGAUGUGUUGUUCGAUGUUUAUUAUCAGUUGUAUAAAGAAAAAAGAUUAUGUUCAUUGGGAAUUGAGUUCAGUAAUCUAGAGAUUUUUUCUAAGAUGUUAACAGUCACUAGUCGCCGUGUACAUUUACUACAAAGUUUUCAGAGCCUUAUAGAUCAUGGAAUACGAGUUGAAGAAGAAUUAAGUAUGAGAUAUGCAGUAUGCUACCUUAAUGUUAGUGAGAAUCCAGCUGCUGAAGAAAAAUUAAUAAAUCUAGGUCUAAGAAUUGGUGGAUUUUUCAGUGAUGCUGGUUGGUAUGCAAAAAGUGAACAGGUGUUGCUAGCAUGUAAACAAUUAUGUCUUGCAAAUAAUUCUACACCUCAGAAUUGGUGUAGAACAUUAGAAUGUUGUCGAAAACUUUUACAUGUACAAGCGGCAUAUUGUGAAUUUUUACAAGCAGCAAAGACACACCAACUUGCUGUAGAGUUGAUAAAGCAAUUGAAAGAGGCAGGAUAUAAUGACUAUAAUUAUGCUGUUAUAUAUACUGAGUUUAGUAUAUUUUUCUACAUGAAAAGCGAGUAUGAUGAAGCUUAUAGAUGGAGUAUAGAAGCACUUAAACAACUGAAAUGUACGUUGUCUGCUCGUGUCACUGUUGAUGUUUUAAGACAGUCAGCAAAAUCGUGUUUAUUAAAACGUGAAUUUCAGAGAGCAGGUCUCUUAAUCAGACAAGCUGUAUAUCUUGCUAAAAAAGUAUUUGGAGUAGAUCAUCCAGUAUAUAGUAAUGUCCUUAUUGAUUAUGGAUUUUACUGGUUAAAUUUUGACAACAUAAUCAACAGUGUAAAUCUUUAUAAGGAUGCAUUAGCUAUUAGAACAGAAAUAUUUGGAAAAAUGAAUUUACAUGUUGCAUUGGCAUACGAGGAUUUAGCUUAUGCUCUUUAUGUAUAUGAAUAUAAAUCUGGUGAAUUCCCAGAAGCAAGUGUUCACAUUGAGAAAGCAAUAGACAUAAUGUUAAACCUUUUACAUGGGGAUCAUUUGUUGUUAGCGAGCGCAAAAAGAAUAAAUGCAUUAAUUCUCGAAGAAAUAGCACUAGAUAGUACAUCGUCGCCAUUAUCGAAACAAAAUCUGCUAUUCAAGGCUGAAUGCCUUCAUUUAUCUGCUUUAAAAUCGGCAAAAGAGGCAUUUGGCGAAAGAAACGUGCAAACAGCGAAGCAUUAUGGAAAUUUGGGUCGUGUAUAUCAAAGCAUGGGGAAAUGUAAGGAAGCUGAAGCAAUGCAUCUUAAAGCUAUACGUAUUAAGGAAGAGUUAUUAGGACCCGACGAUCAUGAAGUUGGAUUAAGUAUAGGACAUUUAGCUUCGUUAUAUAAUUACCAUAUGAACCAAUACAAAGACGCUGAGAAGCUCUACUAUAGAAGCAUCGAGAUUAGUUUGAAAUUAUUCGGUAAAAGCUACAGUGGCCUAGAAUAUGAUUAUCACGGACUGUUGAACGUUUAUACAAAACUAAACGAAUAUGACAAAGUUCUAGAAUAUGCAACAAUAUUGAACAAUUGGAAAAUGUUAAGAGAUGAACAUUUGGAAUCGGAAGAACCAACAAUCGAUCCUAAAAGACGACCACAACCAAUCGAGGAAGUAAUUGAGACAUUCUUUUUUAUGUAAUAUAGCUGUAUAUUAAUGUUUUAAUAAUCAUUAUCUCGCCGAUUGACAUAUAACUAAUUCCAAUUUUAUUGGAGUAACUCGGGCCAAAGUAUGAAUGAAAUCACGAGUUACGUUAUAUGACCUAGGGUAUCGUAAAUCAUAUAUUUUUGGCUGUAUCAUUAAGGUUUUUCAAACAUAGUCACAUGAAGUUCAUGUUUCUUCUUCGUACCUCACAAUUUUUUACAUAUUAAUUACUUUCAACAGAAAGUAACGACUAGUUUUAGACAAAAAUCAAUAAUAUUUGAAGCAAAAUGUUUUUGCGCCUUAAUCAAUUAUUAGAAGCAUUUAGAACAUGUUUGUCAUUAUAAGAUUCGUACACGUUUUAUAUAUAUUAUAUUCUGCCAAUAUUCCCACAACACAAGAAACCGACUUAAUUAUUUUUAUCGUUGGCGAUACCAUCCUAUCUACACACGAAAAUUUAAAAAUCGCACACUCCAUGUUACAACAGCAUAUCUUACAAAUUGAACAGUGGUUAAGAAUAUGAAAAAUAGAAGUGAACGCGGACAAGUGUAAGUACAUAACAUUCAUCCUAAGGAAAGGUAUUAUCCAGUUACACUAAACAACACUAUUGCUCCACAAACCAAAAUAGUUAAGUAUUUAGACAUGCAUCUGAUUUCAUGGCUCACAAGGAAACACCACAUACGAACAAAAAUAAAUCAGAUCCGCAUUAUAAGCAAAGACAUGUUUUGGCUUACUAGUAAACAAUCCAAACUAAAUCCAGGCAACAAACUAUUAAUUUAUAAAACCAUCAUUAAACUGAUCUGGACCUAUGGGAUUUAGCUAUGGGACAUGGUAGCUAAGAUCCAUACAAUAAAAUUAGAAUCAGUGCAAUCCAUCUUAGAACUGUAAUCAAUGCACUAUGGUAUACGUAACAACAAAAUAUGCAAAAAUUUUCAGAUCACA